AUGUCGUGUGACGUUGGAAUUUACGGUCUUGCAGUAAUGGGCCUCGGCCUGUCUCUGAACCUCGCGAGUCGGGGCAUAAGAGUCUCUGUGUGCAAUCGUACUUCUACAAAGAUAGACGUAGCGCUGAAAAGGGCGAAGGAAGAGAAUCUUGGAGAAAGUAUUUAUGGAGCGCGGACGCUGAACGACUUUGUAGACUCGCUGAAAACGCCGCGACGAAUUAUUAUGGUUAUCGAGGCAGGAGCUCCAGUCGAUGCGCUCAUCAACCACCUGCUCCCUAAGCUGGACAGAGGUGACUGCCUAGUGGAUGCAGGAAAUGAAUUCUUUGAGCUGUCCGAAAAACGGGAACAGCGGUGUGCUUCAAAAGGCGUCCUGUUUAUGGACGUUGGUCUGUGUGCUGGAGAGGAAGGUGCCCGCUCUGGACCUCCACUGACACCUGGUGGAAGCCAGGAGGCAUGGAGCCUGAUGGAGCCUAUUUUCGUUCAGCUCGCAGGAAAGAUUGACUCGUCAAAGAACAUUCCUCCUCCAGGUGCUCUCACCGUCAAUGACGGGGAGAGGCAAAACGCAUGCGUCACUCAUCUAGGUCCAUGCGGCGCUGGGCAUUACGUCAAAAUGGUCCACAACGGCAUAAUGUAUGGCGAUAUGCAACUCAUUGCAGAGGCCCACCAACUCCUCAAAUACGGCUUCGGGCUGAGCAACGAAGAACUCCAUGACACAUAUAAAAAGUGGAAUGAAGGCGAACUUCAUUCCUAUCUCAUUGGCAUUACAGCCAGUAUUGUCCGCAAGAAGGAUAGCUUUACCGGAGCUGGUUGCGUGAUCGAGUGUGACUUCCUGAAAGUCAUGCAACACGCUUUCCUGAAGAACCCCAACUUGGAAAACAUCCUCCUCUCUGAAGAGAUAAGUGGCACGAUCCAAAGAUACCUGCCUGCAUUGCAAGAAGUUAUCAGCUUAUCUUUGGGAAAAGGAACCUCCCAUCGGGAUGCACCGUCUGUCAAAACUACCCUUCCUCUUCCCGCGCACUCUGCUUCGUACAACUACCUGGCCUCGAGUUGCGGCCUCCGCCUUUCAAUGAAUCUCGUCCAGGCUCAGCGUGAUUGUUUUGGUGCCCAUCACUUCAAGAGAACCGAUCGAGAAGGAAAAUAUCAUGUUGACGACUGGGAGGCUUAA